UUGUGAGCUGUGAUUGGCUGGCGUCGGUGUGUUGGGGUGGUGUAAAAAUCAACACUAAGUCGACUCCUGCAGGCCAAUUCUCUACCUUCGUUUGUGACUAUUCAUGUAUUAUCCAACAGUGCGUUGGACUGCUCUGCACCUAUAGUCCUAUUGAGUAUUUCUCACAGUACUUCAACUCACAGAGAUGACAUAUUUCUGACUGAACCUAAGAGAGUACUGCAUCUACCUUCAAAAUGGCAGGCCGUAAGCGAGGUCUGAAGAUUUUGGUGCCAGCAGAAGAAACAGUUCCUGUAACUCCUCCUCGGAAUCUUGAUAAAAAGACUACCAUAACUAUAGGUGACAAAACAUUUGUCGUGGAAGCUGAUGAUUUGGAAAAAAUAUGUGAUCUAGGUCGUGGGGCUUAUGGUAUUGUUGAAAAGAUGCGGCACAUACCAAGCCAAACUAUCAUGGCUGUGAAAAGGAUAUCAGCUACAUUAAGUAUGCAGGAACAACAUGAAUUAUUAGUUAACUUUGAGAACCUGCUGCAUUCGGCGGGGGACUGCAAGAGCUCGCGUAUUGCAGCAACUGUCAACACCCAAGAGCAGAAACGCCUUCUCAUGGACCUCGAUAUCUCAAUGCGAUCUUCAGACUGCCCAUAUACUGUACAGUUCUAUGGAGCCCUGUUUCGUGAGGGUGAUGUGUGGAUAUGCAUGGAAGUUAUGGACAUGAGCCUUGACAAAUUUUACACAAGGGCAUUUGGUCAUCAAAGAAGUAUCCCAGAAGAUAUUUUGGGCAAAAUUACAGUUGCUGUUGUGAACGCCCUUCAUUAUUUAUACUCUCGAUUAAGAGUCAUUCAUCGAGAUGUUAAACCCUCCAACAUCCUCAUCAAUAGACGAGGAGAGGUGAAAAUGUGUGAUUUUGGCAUUUCUGGAUACCUAGUAGACUCUGUAGCUAAGACAAUUGAUGCUGGCUGCAAACCAUACAUGGCUCCUGAACGUAUUGAUCCAUCUGGUAAUCCAUCACAUUAUGACAUACGGUCUGAUGUGUGGAGCUUGGGAAUUUCCCUUCUGGAACUUGCAACUGGCAAGUUCCCAUAUACUACAUGGGGCACACCAUUUGAACAAUUGAAACAGGUUGUAAAGGAUGACCCACCCCGACUGCCAUCAGGCAGAUUUACCUGUGAAUUUGAAGACUUUAUUGAGCAGUGUCUGCAGAAAACCUACACUGCUCGGCCCAACUACAAUCAGCUUUUGGAGCAUCCAUUCUGCAAGACUCAUGCUGAACGUGUCACUGAUAUCUCAACAUUUGUUGGAGAAAUUUUAGACCUUGAAGACGUUGCCACCUAGAUACAGUGCCUGUGUUUGUUGAUGUGUGCGCUUUUGUAUGUCUGUGUAUAUAUAUGUGUGUGUGUGUGUUGCCAUUAGAGGGUUUGAGUGUAUUUUACUGUUGCCCAGUGAAAAGUAGCCUAUGGGGAAGGCAUAGAUCAACCAAGUCCCAGCCAUUUUCACAUCAAACAUGUGCUUAUGGUAAUGUGGUUGAAAAGUUUAAGUAAUUGUUUCUUUUCUUUUUUUUAUGUUGUUGUAUUCUAAAAUUUUGAAAGUUUUAAUUUUUGUUUUUCUGUCUCCCAAACAUCACUGGAAAGAUCAAGAAUUUAAAGUACCUGAAAUGUGCAAGUUUUGAGGGCCAGUUAUGUUAGUUCAAACAUUUAAUGCAGGUUUCCCUUCCCAUCGUUUUAAUGUUGCAUAUUUUGCUUGCUUAAAUCAUGUGUUAUCGGUGAUCAUCAACAGACAGCUGCAGAAAACUAACGUCAAAGGAUUAUAAGUUAAUUUAGAAUAAAAUGUAUCCGGUUUUACUUCAAACAUGUAUACAUUUCUCAAAUAUAUCUUCUUUUAGCCAUAAAAUUCUUUCAUUUUCCAAAACUAAUAGGCAUUUUUGACUAUGGUAGAAGUUGAACUAGUAGAAUAGCUGUGUGAAUACUCAACUAAUUUUCAUGACUAACCUCUGCUGAUUUGCUUCUGUCUGAAAAUCCACUCCUUUUGGUUAUCUGUCUUUAGGAACCUCAGUCUCUUUAAUAGGAUUGUUACAUCACUCACAUCUCAAUGAUUAACUUGCUUUGUUUAUGCUACCAGUUGGAUACAUCUCACAUCUCUAAAACUAUGUCAGAUACUGCUUUGGUUAAAACUUUGUGCCUAUGACUUUCCUCCUUCAGAGAGGAAAUAGAUUCUUUACCAUGUUCACACUUUUCCUCAAUAUUUUAACACUACUGGAGAGAGAACUUGACCUUUCUGAGUGCGAUGCGAUUUCAGUUUUUGUGAAACAGAAGAAUUCUUCAAAAUCCAUUCUUAUCAACUUCGUCCUGGUCUUUGUGCCAUCUUUUUGUAUUUCAAUGGCUGAUAUAUUUCACUGAAUGGUAUCAGAUUGUGAAAAUUUUUCCUAACGCCUGAAGUCUGGCAACAUACAAACUAUAUAAUAGUUUUGGGACACUUUUGUGUUCAGGGAAAUUGUAGAUUAUCACUUUCCUAAUUUAAAAGGCAUUUAUUGGACCAGUUAUGUGGUAUUUGCGUCUUUGCAAAACAUUUAGCUAGGAAACUUGUUGUCUUUUCUUAUUGUGUUGCCGUCCCCUUGUUUCAGUUGUAGGUACGGUAUACAAAAGUCAGUAACAUUCGUUUGACACCUUUCUUAAUAAUUUCAUGGUCUAUGAUUGAAUCUGAAAAAUUUCUACAUAGUUUUAGAUAAUGUUGGAUAAAACUAAUACCCUAACAUUGAAUACACAUUGUUUAGAUUUUAACCUAAUGAGUAUUGUGUCUCCUAGGUAGCAGUUAUCAGAAGACGCAACAAAGUACCUAAUAAAUCCUGGUGGUACAAGACCCCUUCCCCCUCCUUUAAAAAAAAAAAGAAAAUUAGAGUUUAAGUCAUUAAUAUUACAAUACAUCACCGUUUGUGUGCCAUGCAAAAUAUUAUGUCUUGUUCCCAGGGAUACAUUUCAUGUGAUGUGAAGCUGUUUCUAGGAGAGAUUCUCCCAGGUAUGUAAGUGGGACUGAAUGAAUGUACCUUAUCCUCAGGGCAUUAUACCCUGCCACCCACCAAACCGGGUUUGAAUGGAUAAGUUUUGUGAUUCAUACAUACUGCAUUAAGCUAGAUUUGCUGAUGAUGUUAAUACAACAAGACUGUUAGCCAUCUAAAACUUGUUCUGAAAUAAAUAAAGCUGUCUAUGUAUCAA